AUUUAGCUGAAACCCUUGCCAGCACACGUGUUGUUCGUCCAUUACGCCAGUCAUUUGUUUAGAAGAGAAAUAAAAAAAUCGCCAGACAGAAUUUCCCACAAUGGAUCCAAAGAAGCUAGCAGAUAUGCUCAACAGAUUCCGAGGUGGAAGUAAACCUCUCACAGCCGGACUCAGCCUUUUUGCCAUGGCUGGUGGUCUCGCUUACGGCAUUUCCCAGUCUAUUUAUACCGUUGAAGGUGGUCAUAGAGCCAUUAUUUUCAGUCGAAUUGGCGGUAUUAAAAAGGACAUUUAUGCAGAAGGGCUGCAUUUCAGGGUUCCAUGGUUUCACUACCCUAUUAUUUAUGAUAUUCGUGCUCGGCCAAGGAAAUUGUCUUCCCCGACUGGUAGUAAAGAUUUACAAAUGGUUAAUAUUUCUCUCCGAGUUCUCUCUCGGCCAGAUGCUAUGCAUUUACCUGUCAUGUACCGACGAUUGGGAUUAGAUUAUGAAGAGCGGGUCCUACCAUCAAUUUGUAACGAGGUUCUGAAAAGUGUUGUUGCCAAAUUUAAUGCCUCUCAACUGAUAACCCAGCGACAACAGGUCAGUGUGCUCAUCCGACGAGAACUACACAACCGUGCAAAGGAUUUUAACAUCAUCCUUGAUGACGUCUCCAUUACAGAGCUGAGUUUUGGUCGGGAAUACACAGCCGCCGUAGAAUCUAAACAGGUUGCCCAGCAAGAAGCUCAGCGGGCUCAGUUUGUUGUAGAAAAAGCCAAACAGGAACGUCAACAGAAGAUCGUACAGGCUGAAGGUGAAGCCGAAGCCGCAAAAAUGCUUGGAAAUGCUAUAUCUCAAAACCCUGGAUAUUUAAAGUUGAGGAAGAUACGAGCUGCACAAUCAAUUUCUAAAACUAUUGCUUCUUCUCAGAAUCGGGCUUUCUUGAAUUCCAAUUCCUUGAUGUUAAACAUUAUGGAUCCUUUAUUUGGAGAGUCUGCAAACAGUCUGAAAAAGUAAAAAAUUCAUACCAUUAUUCCUUUUUGGAAACAUAAUUUCCAAAUGUAAUCACGUGAAUACAUAAUCCACUACAGUAGUAAGACUGGUUUGAAAAAUUGAAGUUUUUUUUUUUUUUUUCUCUAAAUUUGUG